AUGGUUCGAGCAACUCUUCUGCUGGCGAGCUGCGUGCUCCUCGCCCUCCUCCUGGUGGUACCAACUCUUUCCUACCCCAGGUAUGUGAAUAACUACUAUCGCAAAGAAGUGCCGUACGAACCCGAAGAGAUAAUGGAUAUGCUGAACCGCCUCGGCAAUCUCAUCCAGAUGGAACGCAAAAUGGAAAACUAUAAAGACGACAUUACUAGUGAGAAACGUGCCCUGGAUCUUGGACUCAGCCGCGGAUACUCUGGAGCUCUUCAGGCCAAACACCUCAUGGGACUUGCUGCUGCCAACUACGCCGGAGGUCCCGGCAGGAGGCGGCGAGAUGCCCACUAAAACCUCUA